AUGCAGCGGUUCCAGGCCGGCCAGACCCAGGUCAUCAGUGCCACCAGUGCAUUAGGCAUGGGGAUUGAUAUCCCCGAUAUCUGGUGUGUGAUUCAUAUUGGCCAGCCGCGAAUGUUGUUAGAUUACGGGCAGGAAAGUGGCCGUGCUGGGCGUGAUGGCGUUGCCAGCGAAGCCAUCAUUAUCCAGCCCCAGGGGUGGGAUAGCCUAGAUCCAUGGAUCGACUGGGUUGCCGAGGCCGAUUUCAAGCAUGUGCAGCGGUAUAUGGAGGUCCAGGGGGUUUCAUGUCGAUGGUAUGUGUUAGACCAGUACUUGGACGGGACUAUUAAUGGGUAUUCCUGGCAGCAGUGCCAGGAUGUUGAUCCAGGGGAGUUACCGUGCGAUGCAUGCGAUCCCAAGUGGGGAGCGCAGGAGCCAGUUAGUCCCACCCCAACAUCACCAACCCUAGUAGCCCCCGGCUCAACAUCUAGGGUACUACCAUCCCUAUCACCCACCCAAUUGGCACCACCCAUAUCCCUGUCCGCCCCCCGUCCAGUCACCCGCACGGUAUCCAUUCAGACAGACGAUUCGUUCAUGUCCCAGGUGCCCCCCGGGUCCGGGUUUAGGCGUGGAAGUAGCCCCCACGCGGCAGCCCCCAUGCUGGCAGCCAUUCCACCCCGUCCGCAAUACCCCCCGGCGGCCAUCCGUCAGCAGUCCAGGGCCAUGCAGGCUGGAAUUGACCAUGAAUUCAUUGAGUAA